CGGAUGUGGCAGCAGAUGUUAGUGUGAGUUUCUUGAUCGUUAUCACAUUGUAAACUUAAAAUGCGCGUUUUAAUUCGACAUAUUUUAGAUGUAUAUUGGUGGUAAGGACGGUUAGCUAACGUCAUGUCAAUUAACGCUUACUGAUCGACAGCUAGUAUAUGAAAAUUGAAGAACUGCACGUAUUUGACCAAUUAGGGCGAACAGACGGUGGUUAUUUGUGAUGUUUGUAACAGUUGAAAUGAAUUCUGAAAAAGUUGUAUGAGAGAUGACGAUUUAUUAUUGGCAAUAUAUAUUUAAAUUAAAAUUAUUAUUGGUCAGAAUAUAUUAGUGAAACUCCGUGUUCUUCUAUUGAAAUUUAAUAAUAUCAAUGUGGAAGUAUUAAAUGUUUUUUCUUACGAUGUAGAACUAGUCUUUGUACUUUAGAAAACAGACUUUUAUUUAAUAAGUUUGUCUGAUGGACGAAAAUGAAAUGAGUCCUUUAGUUAAGAUAUGUUAACUGUAUACUUUCGCUUUUGGAAAAGACAUCAACGUUGCGUUUGCAAAGAAUGCCAGUCGAAAGUUUUCUUAUGAAUAGUUGCUUUCAAGUUUUUCUGAUUUUGUGAUAUCUAUAUACAGUACAAAAUUUUAUUUUGUUUAUUUUUAUUCGAAUUUUCUUGCCCUUUUAGUAUGUUAUUGAUAAUAUUGUUGCAAUAAAAGACCGAACGCAGUUCUUGUUUCGUUGGGAAAGUAGUCAAACGUCGAUGGUAAAAUGUCGAAAAUCAAAUGUCGACAAUGUAAAAGGUCGACAUCAUGAAAUACAAAGAAAAGAAGCUGAUGAUGAAAAAAUAAAAUUGGAACAUGAAUAA